GUGUAUCACCCGUUCUGUCGGUGUACUUCCACCUCAAAAAGGUGAACUUCUAGAAUCAUCCAGCAGCACCAGGUGGCACUUUUACAUCUUGUACGUAUCCUCCCCCCUCCCUUGAACUCAUUAUUGAAAGCACUAUGGUCUCGACCGGUAUGAAGCCUUCUCUCAGUAGUAGUGGAUCAGCUGCCAUCGACGUCGGUCGUCAAGUCAUACCGCGACCGCCGCCGGUAGAGUUUCGCAGGCUUCUGUCUGGUCCGCAGGAAAACAUAAUCCACGCCAUGGAAAUCAGUCACUCAGCCUUUGAGAGCUUCAAGAAGCUGCUUCGUGAUCAAGCGGUAAUGCUGCUUGAUUGCGACAGGUUUUUAUAUGAACAAAGCCCGGAAAUUUGGGCUGUGUACUUGGACUGGGCUCGCGAAGAAUUGGCGCCCAUGCUUUCCAAGUACGCCGAUACAUGGCCCGUAGAGCUCUAUGUCGAACACUAUCUGGCGAAGAAAACCUACUCGAAGCGUCACGCUUUCAGAACUAAAAUGACGAAGUUGAGACCCGCCCCGAAACCCGUUCGUGUCAAGAGUUCUGCCUCAGAGCGUGGCGCAAGUUUGUUACCCGCUUCCGCUAGUCCACCCCCUGCCUACGAAGAGCACGAUUUCGUAGAUCAGGGUACCGCCGGGGGCGACGAUCUCGGGAUCGAGAAUUUUUUGAAGACGGUCAACCCUGACCUACGCCACCUUCUUCUCGCAUUCGAGGAGUUAGGAAUUAGUAACGAGGCGGAUCUCGCCGUUGUGAGAUCAUGGCCUCCUGCGGUGAGGAAGGAUUUCUUUGAGAGGGAAUUGAUGGGGAGGAUGAGUCCUCUCCAGAUACAGGCUCUUAAUGUCAGGCUUGCGGAGAUGCAGUAGGUCUUUUGAUAUCAAGAUUUUUCCUUGUAUGAUAUUCUACCUAUUGAAAUCAAGUCCCAUGUUUGUUUUACGGCUCAAGAUUUGAUAGUGUCGAAAAGUCCGUUGGUCAUGGCGAGAGAUCGUAUUUACUCGUCCAAGUUGUUACUUGUCGGAUCCC